UGGUUACUAAGGGAACGAGAUUUGAUGCUUGACUUGAAGCGGGUUAACUGGUGAUUCUAAUACAAAACCAAUGUCAACUUCGAUAGCACAAACUUUCAGGUGGAGUCGUUAGUGGAUGAAGUGAGUCAUCAUGCCGUCACAUCAGGUGCUCGAGCCUGUCUUGGAGAUGAAGGUGGACCAGUUGUUCCUCACCUGGCUGAGUGAACCUGUCACCCUUGGUGUGCUGAAAGACUAUUUGAGCCUCAUCAAGAGUGGACAAAGCAUUGACCUAGGAUUGGGGGAUGCAAGGGACAAGCGGUCACUGUCCUUCAAUGAGAACAACAACCGGGUGUCCAGGAGGAGCCUGGUAGAGAGGGGGUCUGCCCCACUGAACACCCCCUCAAGCCCCCCUUCCUCACACACGCUGCCCUCGGGGAGUGGUAGCAGUGGCAGGGUGGGGGGGGCCAAUGGCAGGGCCCUGCGCAGGUCUCUCAGCACCAAGAAGGUCCAGGUGAAGCCCGAGGAGCCUGUCGCCACACCGCUGAGUGAAAGCAUUCCAAAGUUCUACUUCCCGCGGGGGAGGCCCAAAGCCAACCUUAACAUCGACAGCCUCAUUUCCAAAAUUGAAAAAACAUUUUCCCAAUUCCCCAAUGAAAGAGCCACCAUUGAGGACAUGGGGCAGGUUGCCAAGGCGUGUGAGUGUCCUCUCUACUGGAAGGCUCCAUUGUUCUACUCUGCAGGAGGCGACAGGACAGGCUUUGUGUCCGUUCACAAGUUUAUAGCGAUGUGGAGAAAAACGCUGCAGACUUGUCACGACGAGGUGUCUAAGUUUGUGCAACUCUUGGCCAAACCUGGCUGUAACUAUCUGGAACAAGAAGACUUUAUUCCAUUCCUUCAGGAUGUGGUAAACUCUCAUGCUGGAUUGGCCUUUCUGAAGGAAGCCUCCGACUUUCACUCACGCUACAUUACCACGGUGGUCCAGAGGAUAUUCUACAAUGUGAACCGAUCCUGGAGUGGCAGGAUCACCUGUUCAGAACUUAGGAGAAGCAGCUUUCUGCAGAAUGUGGCUCUACUGGAGCAGGAGGAGGAUGUGAACCAGCUGACAGAAUUCUUCUCCUACGAACACUUCUAUGUCAUCUACUGCAAAUUCUGGGAGCUGGACACAGACCACGACCUAUACAUCCACCAGAAAGACCUUGUACGACACAAUGACCAAGCCAUCUCCCACAGGAUGGUCCAGAGGAUCUUCUCAGGAUGCGUCUCCAGGGACAGACGAGUGCACAAGGAGAGCAGAAUCAGCUAUGCUGACUUUGUGUGGUUCCUCAUCUCAGAGGAGGACAAGAAGACCAACACCAGUAUAGAGUACUGGUUCCGCUGUAUGGAUCUUGAUGGGGAUGGGGUUUUGAGCAUGUAUGAGUUGGAGUAUUUCUAUGAGGAGCAGUGUCAGAAGCUGGAGACCAUGGCUAUAGAGCCCCUGCCCUUUGAAGACUGCCUCUGCCAGAUGCUAGACCUGGUUAAGCCUGAGGUGGAAGGUAAAAUCACCUUGAGAGACCUCAAGAGGUGCAAGAUGACUCACAUCUUCUUCGACACCUUCUUUAACAUCGUGAAAUACCUGGACCAUGAGCAGAAGGACCCCUUCUCAGUUGAGGCGGAGUCUGAUGUCCAGGACAUGUCUGAUUGGGAGAAGUAUGCAGCAGAGGAAUACGACAUCCUGGUGGCAGAGGAGACUGCUAACGACCAGUAUGAUGGGUAUGACCCUCCUCUGAGCCCUAUGCAACAGCAGCAUCUUUCCAGUGAUCUGGGUCUGAGGAUGGACAAGAGGUGCUUCUUUGGGAUCCCCAACCCUCACUGUGACCUGGACCAGUACAAAUAUCAGGAUGACUUUGAGUGAUCAUUUCCUCUCGCUACUUCCCUCUGUUCUAGGGCAGAGAAACUAGUUGUUAGUAAGUCGUCAGUCCAACUGAAAGAUCUCACUGAGACAGCAGCAGAACAUGCCUUCCCCUGCACACAGGACAGGAAACACUGACACCAACACAGCCAAACACAUCAACACAGGAGACUUCCAACGGUGGACAGGAAGUGACUCCUCCAUCUUUAUUGUGGGGUCAGACCACGAGUUGUGUGUGCCCCUCCGCCUCUGAUGGAAGUCAACACUGACGUCCCACCCUCACACACAUUCACCCCGCUUCUCCUGUUUCCUUACCUCAACCAACUUCACCUCUAUAGAUGUGGUGACUGGGAGCAGCGUGAGGCCAGGUUGUUGUCACCAGGACUGCUUCCCUGCACGGUCACUCACACUAGCCACAGAAGUGCUACACAUUAGCUUAUAUGGUGCCAUACACACAUUUUAACCACAGUAACUAAACCACUACUAACUCAGGUGUAUUGGGAGUGAGACUUGAAGUUUACUCUAAAUACCAGAUCCAACACUUCCUUUGAAGUAUCCCUCUAAUCCCCCAAAUAAAGAGUAAUCAUUUUUCCUUUCUCCUUCUGUAUCAAAGAUUUUCAUGUGUGAGGGUUGCAUACCUUUUAUUAGCAUAUUUAUAAACAGCUGUAAAUAUUUAUUGUGUGCUUGCAGUGUUGCAAAUUAGUUGGUCAACUGUGUUAGAUAUAUCAUGUUCACGUUUUUUUCUGAAAAAAUACUUAAUGUACUUUCAUACAGUCAAGAAGGAACCAGUUUUUAAUUAUAUAUUUUUUUGUCCAAAUAAAGAAUCCAAAUUAUUAAUGUAUGA